AUGGAACAUCCAGUCGAUACGGAGCGACAACGAGCUGAAGAAGAUGCGAAUGAACGAGCCCAUUUACAGAAUCAAACGAAACGUCGAAGUGCUGGACCUGCGCCAGGGGCCGUUGCGAUCAUGCCAGGUGUUGCAAAGCCCAUGACACCUAAAGAGCCACCACAGCCUAUAGAAGAAGUACCGGAAGCUCCACAUCCUGCACCUGUGUCUGUUCUGCCUCCCAUUGGACACGGAGUUUCCCACACUCCAUCGGUUCCACAAAACACUUUCAAUCCUGCAACACUUGCUUGCGAACUUCGACGUCCUCCUUCCAGCGACGAGGAGGACAAUGAUGCAGACUGGGAAGAUGAAGAUGCUGCUAAGCCGAAGUCUCAUGCACCCACAUCAGUGGUUGAACCUGCACCUCCUACGUUCUCAGCUCAACACGAUUCACCACCUGAUAACGUAAGUGACUGUUACUUCUCUUUCAUGAUAACUGUGUGA